CUCGACAAAUGUGGCCGAAUUUAAAAACGAUAUCUUAUCAGAUCCCUAGUGAGCACGUUGUGGCUACCAAGGAGCUAAGGGUACGGCAAAUCUUAUCAGAUGCUUAGAUAAUGAUCAUUAUUGGUUGCCAAGCACCUAAAAGCGGGGUUAAUCUUACCAGAUGAAUUUUAUGGGUUUUAACGGUGUCGGCAUUUCUCACUUCCCACAUUCAUGACAUAAAUCAAUGGGGGGAUCCAUUUCGAAGGUAGAUAAAACAUAGAUUUGACAUAAUUGCCGAAGAAUAGACCAGAAAAUUUAGAUCCAAACGUUCCGAUAUCGUCCGUCUUUCCUAGGGAGUAUGUAUUUAGAUCUGAUUAGAUCUUCUCGUAUUGAUCUUCAUUACCUACCCCUCCAUCUCUGCUUCACCUAACCCUCCAUUCCCGCUCCAUUGGGUAUCUAUUCGGCCUUAACAUCAUGGUGAAGCUAAUACCCGCGGAUGCGGCCACGGUAGAUCAAACACCCGGAACUCCGGACACGAAGGAAGUUGUCUCACUCACUGAUGUGGAGAGUCCACGCCCAGCGUCUACCCGUGAUCAAGUGCCAUUCAGUUUUAAGAUUAUAUCAGUUGCUCUCGUGGCUGGAAUUGGAUUUGGAUCAAGCUGGAGCAGUGGGGUGACAGGAGCCAUAAAGUCAACAUUAAAAAAGGAACUCAAAAUCAACAACACUCAAUUCGCACUUCUGGAAUCGAGUGAGGAUUUCAUAAAAGUACUUCUCAUUCUCGUAUCCGGAAUGAUUACUGAUAGGAUUGGUGGCGCAAGCGCAAUCCUAUACGGCAACGUUAUCUACACUAUCGGAUCGAUAUUUGUUGCGGCAGCAACUACUGUCCGGAACUAUAGGCUCAUGAUAUUUGGAAGAGUGGUUCUUGCAUUUGGUGAUGUGGCCACCCAGACUGCACAGUACAAGAUCUUUUCCAGCUGGUUCCCUCCGAACAAUGGAUUUGCUAGUACGCUCGGAUUUGAAUUGGCUAUUGGGAAGAUUGGCGGGUUUGUUGGGAAGUCAACUGCGAACAUCAUCUCAGAGAAUCUUGGUGAUUUCUCAUGGGUUUUUUGGAUUUCUUUAUUCAUGAACAUCUUUACGAAUCUUAUAACCUUGGCAUUCUUCUUCUUCACGAAAUACGCCAACAAACGCUUCACUAAUAUCAGAGACCCAUCCACCGGCGAAGAACUGACAGAGAAGAACAAGAAGUUUGAAGUCAAGAAAGUACUAGAGCUGCCAUGGGUUUACUGGUCUGUUCUCGCAUUCUCGCUGUUGGAGACGAGUACAGCGCUUGUUUUCACGCAGAAUGCCACUGAGCUCGCAGAACAUCGGUUCAAUACCGACAGCAUUACUGCAGGAUGGUACACCUCCGUCUUACAAUAUGCGGGGUUCUUCGUCGUGCCUCUAAUCGGGAUAUUUAUUGAUCUUUUUGGAAACCGAAUCUCGCUCAUGGCGUUCUGUGGGAUCGGAGUCUUCAUUUCUAUGGCUCUGGUAAAUUGGGCAAACUCCACAAAGGGGACAGCAGCAGCCUUCGGAAUCUACGCAUUUGCUUAUUCGUUCGGCCCUACUGUGAUCAUCGACAGCAUCCGAACCUCAAUGUGGCACCAGGAGGUGUUUGGAUCAGCGUACUCCAUGAAAAUAAUGAUGAAUAAUUCGAUGAACAUCAUCAUCAACCUUAUCACCGGCCGUAUCCAAGACGCAGAUAACGACAGUUACGACCGAGUCGUCAUCGUCUAUGUGGCUCUUGCGGCGGGUUCGGUAGUUGUCUCGAUCGGCUUGAUUGUUCUGUCUUCGAUAUCUAUUGAUCUAAGACGUCUGCAAUGGACCCGGAAGCAGAGACUGAGGAACGGACAUUUGAUUGUUGAAAGAAAGGAGAGGUUUCUCGGGGAAAAUGGGGCGAAGAACAGGAAAAUCAGUUUGUGUUGUUUUGGAGCGCUGUGCGCUCUGUCGGUUGGGAGUUGGGUUGCUUAUAUUUGGGGCGCGGCGACUGGUAAUAAUUAUUAAUGACAGGAAUAAGAAUAGGGGGCGUAGUAGCCGGGUACUGGAUGCUCACCAUCUUAUUUGUUUAGUAAACAAAUCGAAAAUCUAACCUUUUGUUUCCUUCAUCCUUCGUCGUGAGCACAUACGCUUCUUUUCUUCGUCCGUCCACGAAUUCCAGAUAUCAUCCCUUCUCUUAUUCACCCACUUAUAGUAAACGCUCACCCCAAUGUAGAUCACAAUAUUAGCACUACUCAGCGCCACCAGAGCUCUAUUACCCCUUCGGUAUCUCGGCUUAUCAUCCUCUCAAUACAUAUUUGUGCCUAUAAUGCCUUGCGCUUGGACAAACAUAUUAUAC